UGUCAGAACAGGUUGUGUAGAAAUCUUCCAACACAGCACAGAGUGACAAUGCAAAGAGGAUCUUUUUUUUCAGGCUUCCCUUGUUACUAAGUAACAUGGGUUUGGCUAGUGAAAGAAUACGGUAUAUAUAGCAUUGAAGAUUUACAAGCACAUAAACAGCAACAGAGAACAAACUGAUUUUUACAGAAAGGAACCAGAACAAGAACAUCUACUGCAGCCAUGGGUGGUCUACUGAGCAGCCUCUAUGAAACUCUGACGAACUUCUCUAGUACCAAGGCUCGAAUCCUGAUGCUGGGUCUUGAUGCUGCUGGAAAAACCACAGUACUUUACAAGAUUAAGCUGAAUGAGACAGUCUGUACAAUACCCACCAUUGGAUUCAAUGUAGAGACUGUGGAACCCACCCGUAAUGUCAUGUUCACUGUGUGGGACGUGGGUGGCCAGGACAAGAUCCGGGCACUGUGGAGUCAUUACUUCAUGAAUACAGAUGGGCUUGUGUUUGUGGUGGACAGUGCUGACCCAGAGAGAUUUCUGGAGGCCAGGUCAGAGCUCAGUACUAUCUUGGAACAUGAUGAAAUGAGAGGAGUUCCCUACUUGGUGAUGGCUAAUAAGCAAGAUCUUCCAGGUGCCAGGAGCCCCGCAGAGUUGGCAGAUGAGUUGGGGCUGACAAAGAUAAUUGGACACCAGUGGCAUGUCCAAGGGUGCUGUGCAGCCACUGGGGAUGGACUUGUGGAGGGUCUGGAGGUCCUCACAGGUUUGGUGAAGCAGUUUCAAAAGAAAAAAACAUACUAUUAAUGUUCUCCCAUCCUCCAAGUAUUCAAACUUGUAACUACGUGCAUAUGGGGUAAACCAGCCAUGCUGGCAAGUGUUGAUUCUUUUUCAAGCUCCAGGGUAGAAACAGUGGCUUUACGUUUGCAUCAUGGUGGACUGUUUCUGAAGAGGGUCUCAACAAAGCUGCCUGUGGCCCUCUGCUGGGUUCUCCCUUUACAACAGAAAAUGACAUUUAUAGUGACUAUUUCAAACCCCAAUGGACAUUAUUGACUGUGGUAACAGAGGAUCAUAUUGUGUAAAUAUUACAUUAUGUAUACUAUGUAUAAUACUGUAAUCUUAACUUAAUAAUUAUUUCGUUUGAAAGCUAGGAUAUGUUCCUAGGUCUUAUUCUGAAAUAAAAUAAAAUACACUUAUACAAUUGAAA